AUGAAUCUACAACAAUGGUAUUCUUUAGCUCUAGAGUAUAUAAAUGCGGCACAUGAGAACAGUGAGUUAGUAAAGAACUCUAAACAAGUCGAACAAUAUUAUCAGUUGAUAGACUUAGCAAUCCAUAUACUGAUGAGUUUAAAGGAUAGUGGAAAAUGGUCGCUAACGAUAAAACAAGAUCUGUGCAUUACUAUGCGAUUAGUUAAUUUAUUACUAGAAGAGACUUUAAAUAUUGAUAUGGCUGAAAAUUAUCUUUCAUCUCUAUUAGAAAGAUUACAGAACCAACCAAUGGAUCUUACAAUAUGGAAUUAUCAAAAUCUGAUUCAAUAUUGGCUACUUUAUGAGAUACCGAUUAGAAGAAACACCAAUUUUCAUUUAAGGAUUGCGUUACAUAAUUAUCAAGAUUUACUUAGCAAUCAAGUUGAUUAUAAAAACGAGAACAGUUGGUUUUCUGUUAAUGCAGAGUUAAAUACAUAUUAUUCUAAGAUUUGGCCUUCUAUAUUUGAAUAUGUAGCAAGUCAACUAUAUUGUAGAUUACGUAAAUACAAAUCGGCACAAAGAAAAUUAGAGUCUUUGAUAAAAAAUACUAAUUUGAAAAUGAUGUAUCCCCAAUGGUACGUCUUUCUUUUCAUUAAAUAUAUUGCACUUUUAUUAGGUCAAAGAUUAUCUAUCCCAGAUAAUAUUUGGUCCCAGUUAACCAAUGAUGAAUUAUUUAAUAACUGUUCUAUCAUUGGGCCUAUAUUAUACAGCUGGAAACUAUUAUUACAAUUAUGUAUAAUGAUUAAUAAAGAUUUUAAUAUUACUGAUAUCUUAAAGGAAUUUAAAGUUUUAUUUCAGGAUUAUAAAGAACAGUUGUCUUUGAAUGAUGAUUUAGAUAUUAUGAUUUUUAAGAUUUCAUUAGAUGACGAUAAUGAUAGCGAUGUCAGUGACCAAAAGUUUAUAUUAAAGUUUAGAUUUGAUUCAUUCUUGACAUAUAAAGAUAUUAAAUUAAUAUUGUUAUUAUUACAAAGUGUCAGUUAUUUAGUUAAUUGUUAUGACAAGAAUGCACAAUUUUCAAUUAAAUUUUUACCAAAAGUAGAGAAUUCAUUAAAAAUGAUUCUUCAAGAUGGAGUCUGUUCAAAUUCAUCUAGUCAAUCAAAGGAAUUGAAAUCACUUCUUAAACAAGAUACUGUUUUACAAUGGUAUAAUAAUAUAUUAGAGUAUUGUAAAUUUUAUCAAGUUUGGGAAAAAAUGCUAUUAAGUAGUCCAGAUGCUUCAUCAAGUAUGUCUGAGCUAGUCUCCAUGGAAGAUAGUGCUACUAAAAAUAAUUUUAUCUGCAUUAAAUCCAUACCUUUGCAUCCAUUUUAUAAAGAUAUAAUAAAGACGAUUAGGAAACAAAUAGAUCUUCCAUUUACUUUAAAUAACAAUAAUUAUGAUCAUGAUUUACAAAUUAAUGAAAUACUAAAUGAUUACAACAAAAUGAUUAAAAAUAAAGUUACUUCCAUCGAAAUUAAAUUAAUAUCAUUAUUAAACUCAUAUAUUCUGGUUGUAUCAAAAAUAUCCAAUGAAUCUGAUUCAAUUCCAUUUCAAGAUAAAAGUAUGCAAUCAUAUAUAACUCAAACAAAUGAAUUAUGGAGCCAAAUUAUCACAAUUUAUCAAGAAAAAAGUGAAAAUAAUGGUAACAAUAAUAAUGAUCGUAUUGACAUUAAAGAAAAUAUGGUUUGGGAUUGUACAAUAGUUAUAAUAUGGAUUAUAACCCAUUUUGAACCAUUUACUUGGAAUCCUUUGCCAAGUAAUGAUAAAGAAAGAAACGAGUAUCUCAAAAGAUUGAAAAAAUAUUAUAUAAAUAAUAAGAUUAUAAAUCAUAAUAACGAUGGUGGUGACAACAUUAAUUUAAAAAAUCAAUAUAUUUUGAAAAAAUCUAUGUUAUUAAGGAUACUGAUUAAUUAUCUAGGUGGUAAAUUGUUUGAGACUGAUUUAGAGGUGUUAUGUCAAAUAUCUUUAAAAUGUUUUAAGUUUGCGAAACAAGAUAGGCAUCUGAUUAAUAUCCGUUAUAUAAUUGGAUUAUGGCAUUUAAUGAACUGUACAGUUGCUAUGAAACCAAAAGAAGUCGCAUAUACCACAGCCAAAUUAAACCAACUAGUCCAACAGAUGUUGAACUCAUAG